AUGUUUGCCCUUCUUUCUGUCUGGCUCUCUCUGCUCUGGGUAGCCGCUAUCUUGGCCCAAAAUGUCAUUGAAGAAAUGUCUUUUGGUCAUAAACAGACCCUUUCUCCGAACUCCUUCGGGAUCCCUGGCUGGGCCAUGUUAGGUGAAGGACACGUCCCACAACUCCUUUCGGACAAAGUCAUUUUAACACCCCCGUACGGCGGGCACAUGCGAGGUGCGUUGUGGACGGAACAAAAGAACUCGCUGCAAGACUGGGCGGUGGAUUUCAAAUUCAGAGCUGGCGCAGUUGACCGAGGGAGCGGCAAUCUGCAACUAUGGUACGCCCCCAAUGGAGAAAAGUCAAUAAGCACAUCAAGCAUAUACACCGUGGGCAAAUGGGAGGGAUUAGCUAUUGUGGUCGACACAGUGGGAGGCGUGCAGAAGAUCAGAGGAUUCUUGAACGAUGGGUCCGUCGAAUACAAGAGCCACCAGAAUGUUGACGGGCUGGCCUUCGGCCAUUGUGAUUACGUCUACCGCAAUCUGGGCCGACCUUCACACAUCAACGUCCAAUCCUCGCGCAACGGCCUCGAAGUUCGAGUCGAUGGCAAGAUGUGCUUUGCGACAGGCAAAGUCACUCUCCCCUCCGAUUAUGGCUUCGGCAUAACUGCCGCCUCGGCUGAUCCACCAGACUCGUUCGAAGUGUUCGCAUUUACGCUUUCUCCCAUCACAGUCACUGCUUCAGAUCAACGGAAUGACCAGCAACCGCUGCAAUCCGACCCUGACGCUAGUAUGCCGCAAAUGGACAACCAUCCAGCAUCAUACUACACCACGUCCGAGUCACAAUUCGCAGACCUGCACAAUCGGCUCAAUCUGAUCUCCAAAUCGAUCACAAAUCUCUUCACUGAAAUCACACGCCACACGGCCGCCGAGGAAGCACGGUACAAAGAAAUCCUGUCGCGCAUGCCGAACGGACAGAUAAUCUCGUCGUUGGACUCGCGAGUUGCCAAUCUUGACCGUAUCAUCGGCAACUUAGAGCGCGAACUCAAGACUUCUGAUCACAAGACGCAGUUUGCCAAGCUGUCCGAACAAAUAGCGCAGACACAUGUCGGCGUGACGGAACACGUGCCACAGCGAUUGAGGGAGUAUGUUCAAGCACACACUCCACGGAUCGGGUUCAUUCUGUAUAGUUUUAUGGCAUUCCAGACGUGUUGUAUCGGUGGGUUUGUGUGGUACAAGUGGCGGAAGAGCACGAUGCCGAAGAAAUAUCUUUAG